GUCUUGAAUUAAAUGUUCCAAAUCUUAUUUUUGCUAACAAGACAAGAUAAAGGACUCAGGGCCUAUCGAUUGAGAAACCUUUGGGACAGUUUGCGUUUUAGAUUCGAUAAGAGAAGCACGUAUUCCUUUUUGUUCGAAAACAGCUAAUACAAUGCUAUUUUUAGCCUUAGCCACGCUGCUGUUGCAGAUCGUGGAGCCCGCGCCACUUUCACUGACCUGCUCACUCUGCACGUGCACGGGAGACCGAGUAAGCUGCCGGGGGGUAGGUUUGACCUCCAUGCCGCGAAUUGACAGUGCCUCCUUUAACGGUUAUCACCACCUGGACCUGAGCAACAACUUUAUUGGCAACGUUCAUCAAAAUGAUUUCCAUAAUCUUAACCAACUAAAAGAGCUGGACCUGAGCGGCAACUACCUGUCUCACAUCGACCGCCAUGCGUUUUCAAACAUCGCUAACAUAUCCUUCCUCAAUCUGUCCACUAACUCCCUAAAUUCUCUGCCUGACGCUCUUCUCGAUCUCCAUUCUUUGGAGACAUUGGAUGUUACGAGCAACCCGAUUCCUGACAAUCCAGUAACCGGCUUUACAGAUGGUGUCAUGCGCCACCUUGGCACCAAACUCAAGGAAUUCCAUUUCGGUGGUGACACUAUUAAUACCUGGCCAGUAUCUACGAACCAUUUACAAGCGCUGGAGAAGCUCGAACUGAACGGAAGUCAUAUCUAUUAUAUCCCGCCCUAUUUCAUGGAUGGUUUCAAGAGCCGGCUUCUUUCGUUGACCAUCAGAAACACUAACUUGCCGACCACACCCAUAAUGACGGGAUUGAGGAACCUUAGAGAACUCCAUUUGGACAACAAUCCUUUCCAUAACUAUGGCAUAUUGCCUAACUCCUUUACGGGGUUGGAUCAUUUAACCACCCUGAGUUUAAGAAGCGAUCAGCUUACAGAGUUUCCUCCCAUUUUGGAGCUUCUUCCAGGACUGACUAGUGUGUCGUUGGAUGGGAACAGUUUCUACUACAUCAGUGAUAACGCCAUUACCCUCAUCAAUAGAACAAGAAUAUCAGAACUGAGUCUCCGAAACUGUCAUUUAGAUCGGGUGCCGGGUUCUUUAACUGGAGCCAGUCUCCGUCAACUUACUAGCAUAGACCUAUCAAACAAUAACAUCAACAGUAUUGAGAGGUAUGACUUAAAGGACCUGGUUAAUCUUCACAAACUGUCAAUUGCCCACAAUCCCCUGCAGUAUGUCUCCGAGGAAGCCUUGAAGUUUCAAUCCUUGACGACACUGGACCUGAGCGAUACUAAACUGAAAACUAUACCACGCGCCGUGCAAAACAUUCCACGCUUGCAUGAUUUGCUUUUAACUAACAACGAAAUCGAUUGUACCUGCGAUUUAAUCUGGUUCGAGAAACUGUUGAAGGCUCGGCAUGGUAGUUUGAACGUAACCGGAAGUUGUGAGACAAUAUAUCGCACGGUAGUGGAGUAUCUCAAUCAGUUUAUUCCAAAAUGUCCGGAUUAUGUCCGUUAGAUAUAAAAAGUGUGAUUGCAAUCUUUCAGAAAUAGGGGUUGGUGGAUGGAGAAAUCUUUAAUUUACUGUUCUGUUUAUACUUUACCACUCAGACAGAACAAGCUGACACCUCUCAAAUGCAACAAAACAAUAAUUUAUUGAUUCUACCAAUGUGACUUUCUUAUCCGCGGAAGAGACAAAUUCAUAUAUGUUUUCUUUUUUGUAAAAUUAAAAAUACAUUUGUGGGGAAAUAUUUCAAUAAGCCACGUAAUCAUAUCAUACUUGAUUUUAGAAUAAACAACCAGCAAUUAUUGGUAGUUUUCCUGUGUUGUUAUAAUAUGAAAAAAAACUAAUCAAUAAACAUUAUAUACAUUA